CUCAUUAUACACUACAUUUAUAACUCAUUAUACACUACAUUUAUAACUCCCAGAUAUCCCGAGAAACUAAACGCCUCCUUGUCUGGUUUAUAACAUCAUCCGGAGGAGCUCCGUGGAUUUCAUUGAGGUUUAUUCUCUGUAUCUAGCAAGCCACAUGUCGGCUGGUUUACUGCAGCUGUAUGAAUCCAACAUAAACAAUUUUGCUGUGAUUUAAUUGCAAUAAACAGAAAAAAAGCCAAGAUAACUACGUAAUGAUGCCGUUUUGUAAAGUGUUUGAAUUCAUGCUUUAUUAGGUCUAUCCACAAGAUGAGAAACAAACAACUUUUAAAAUGCUAGUUUUCAGAAUGGAUCUCGGAUCGAUUGGUGCUAGGCUAUGCUAGCAUUGUAGUUGAAAUAUUUCAACUCGAGGUGAAUGCAAAAUUUCACCUGUUCGCCUUAUUCAUGUCACGUCAUUUGCCUCAUUCGCACUGCCCGGAGUGAAUUUGCGUCUACUCUCUUCCAUUCCCUACUUUGCAUAGACUCCUGUCCGUUUGGUGUGAACACAGCAUAAAGGUUGACUAGAGAUAUAAAGUUUUCUUUUAUAAGGUAACAUUGGGCCCUGAAAAGAGUUCCACUUGGUUAGUUUUGUAAUGGUUCUGUAAUGGCCUAAACGUGUUGUUGUGUCUUUCUUGUAGAAACGGGACAGAUUGACCCCAUCCUGAUCGAGCGCUACAACACGCCGGGCUUCGUGGGCUGUCUGUCAAGAGUUCAGUGGAACAGUGUGGCACCGUUGAAAGCUGCGCUGCGCUCAGGCCUGGCUGCACCCGUCAGCACCCAUGGGAUUCUGGUCCCAUCCAACUGUGGAGCCUCUCCCUUGACCAUCUCCCCCAUGGCUUCAGCUAGUGACCCCUGGCACGUAGAAGCAGCUGGAGCUGUUUUCCCCUUUAAGGAGGACAAGGCUGGUGGUGAUGGAGUGGAUCGCAACUCUGCCAUAAUUGGAGGUAUCAUUUCCAUGGUGAUCUUCACUGUCCUCUGCAUUAUGGUGUUUGUGAUCCGUCACAUGUUUCGUCAUAAAGGCUCCUACCACACCAAUGAGGCCAAGGGAGCUGAGUCAGCAGACUGUGCUGACGCAGCAAUUAUCGUCAACGACCCGGCCUUCACCGAAACCAUCGACGAGAGCAAGAAGGAGUGGUUUAUCUGAGCCCCUCUCAGCAACACGGACACAUGACGUUAGGAUGUAUGUAGUUUUCUAAGCAUAGGGAGUAGUAGUGAGGUCACUGCCUGUGGAACCCCGACGAGUGCCGAGUGGUGUAUUUCAAAACUUUAUGGACAAUAGACAACCAUGGCAUUACAGCGUUGGUAUUAAAGCACAGGGCACAGUGCUGCCUGGCAGAGCCUGUGUGGAAAGGUGAAGCAGUUUAUUUUAACUUUAUUUACAACGAACAGUGGGACAGGAUGACGGCCUUCAGAUGGUGUAGAGAGCGGCGCCAUGAGGUGGCAGGCUUCGGAUGUGUGAGUGUGUCAAUUACCUUUUAUUUAAGCAUUUAUUUAUGUUUUAAAUAUUAUUUAUUUAAUUUGUUAUUA